UUAUGUUUUCCUCUCAUCUCUAAAUCCCAACACGCGCUCAUUUUGUAAAUAAACGUGAGGAUUUUGUUUUUUUGUCCUGAAACAUGAGUUUUCUGAAACCCAAGACCCACAUUGAAAAGGGCGAUGUGGUUAUCCUGUAUCUGAGCGUCAGUUCCAUGCAUGCCAUCGAAGCGGUUCCUGAAAUAGUGAAUAAAAAGGGAGAAACAAUUUCCCACAUCUUCCAGACCAAUUAUGGGUCUCUCAAAGUGGAAAAUAUCAUUGGCGUUGAAUACGGCAGUCGCGUGGAGCUGUCCAAAGGCUGGGCCCAUGUGCUGCAACCCACUCCGGAACUUUGGACACAAACCCUGCCCCAUCGCACUCAGAUUAUAUACACCCCCGACAUCAGCAUGAUCCUGCAUCAACUGGAAGUGCGACCUGGAGCAGUGGUGGUGGAAUCCGGCACGGGUUCCGGGUCUUUGUCGCACUAUUUCCUGCGCGCUUUGAAGCCUACCGGUCAUCUGCACACUUUCGACUUUCACGAGGCCCGUGCGGAUCAGGCUCGGGAAGAGUUCCGGCGACAUGGACUAUCCGACUUUGUCACCGUCUACCACCGGGAUGUGUGCAACCUGGGCUUUACCGACGAACUCGAUGGCAAGGCGGAUGCAGUUUUCUUGGAUCUUCCCGCACCCGAUUUGGCCGUGCCGCACGCUUUUAAGGCGUUGAAGCUGUCGGGCGGUAGAUUCUGCUCAUUCUCGCCCUGCAUCGAGCAGUCGCAGCGCUGCAUCCAAGAACUGACCAAACUGGGCUUCAAUGAGAUCGUCUCAAUGGAGGUACUGCAACAGGAGAGCGUCAUCAAGACUCGUACGUUGCCCGUAAUCGAUCUCGAGUUCCUGAAGCAGCCAAAAAGCAGCGAUGCUCCAACAAACACAGAAGAAAGUAAAGCGUCCAAGGAGGUGAAGAAGUACCUGACCUCCAGCAAUCCCCAGGUGCUACCUGGCCACACGGGCUUCCUCACCUUUGCCACCCUGCCACCAAAUAUACCCAAGGCGUGAAGAAUAAACUUGCAUUUCGUUUUAUUACUU